ACAACCUGUUGCGCGGCUGUCUUCAUUCACACUCAUCCUGGAGACAAGAGGAGCAAAGCCUGCGUGGAUUGACGCGGCAAGUGGCGGACUUCCCUCUCAUGACCCCUUUUUAGGCUUUUUUUUUUUUUUGGCCGUCAUUUUUCCUGAAGAAAGUUGCAUGGAUUCAAGCUUCCGGCAGCGUAAAGAGGACUAAAUUCCCUGGGAAAAGAUCAUAUUGUCCACAACAAAGGAAGUACAGGAGACAAACAAAAUGCCUUGUGGCUGCCAGAAUGAUCCAGGAUUGCAAUGAAGACUUGACAUCUGCUCAUCCAUGUUUGGCGCGUUGAACGUACAGUACACUUUCACCAAAGGCUUGCAUAGACUUGUGUUGUAGCAGUGUGCACGACUCGCCCCGUGAUAGUGCGUUACUGUAUAUACAGUAUAUGCCAUAAAUAGACCUACACACAUACUCUUUCAAUCACUCUAGAGCUGAGGAAUUAAAACCAAGAGUAUGGUCCAGCGGUCCACCUCAGUCCGCCUGCUGGGAGGCCUUUUAGGCCUGUUUCUUCUCAUGCCCGUUCUGAUGGCCCCGACGCCCCCGAGCUUGUGCACCCCUUUGAGAACCAUCAAUGAGAGUCUCAGCCACAGGCGACGCUACAUGAAGCACAACUUUCCUGUCAAUUACACCAUCAGAGUUCACCAUGAGGAGCUUUUUAAACUAUCAAACAUCAGCAAAAUGAAAUUACAGAUGGGCGAGUUAGAUGAACUAGUCUUCCAGAGGCUGUGGUUCCUUGUUAACCAGGGCGUGUUAAAAAAGAUUAUUCGAGUGCUGCCAGAGAGACAUCCUUCCCGUCCUUACACUGCAGAGUUGGAGAGGCGAUUGAAAGACACCGAAGGAGUCUUUGUACAGUCGCAUCCUGCGGAGGUGUUCCAGCAGGAGCUUCCAGAUGCAAUCAAGGACAAAUGGGAUUGCUUAACAGAAGAGACACACAGAGUGCCAGAGACCAGCUGGAGGUUUGCGACUCCAAAAUCUCUUCUGGACAAUUUCUGUCAGACCAUGCACUGCCUCUUCAGUGACUGCUUUAAAGCCACAAAAAGCAUGGACUGUGAGUAUGAGCCCGCCGGAAGGGGAUACGUAAUCUAGCGACGACUUUGAAAUGAAUGUUUGCUUUGUUUCAUCACAUCGGAACUACGGUGGUGCCUCCGUUUUUGUUCGAAAGAAGACCGAAUUGUACAAAUCCAUUUCUCCCAUUAGAAAUAUUGUCAUUCCAAUUAGUCUGUGUUAGACAUCCGAAAAAAAUCAACACAAAACACAUUUUAUCGAGAAAAAAUGUAAUUUUUCAUGCAGAAAACAGUGUGAAAUAUACAUAAAUGACAAAUGAAACAAAUACUUUCACCUUUUUUGAAGGAAGAUGGCAAUUAACGGAGAGGAAGGAGGAGAAGAGAGCGCAACGUAAAUGUCGCCUUUCUACUUUUCUAUGAGUUUUUUCUUUAAAGGCCUACUGAAAGCCACUACUACCGACCACGCAGUCUGAUAGUUUAUAUAUCAAUGAUGAAAUCUUAACAUUGCAACACAUGCCAAUACGGCCGGGUUAACUUAUAAAGUGCAAUUUUAAAUUUCCCGCUAAACUUCCGGUUGAAAACGUCUAUAUAUGAUGACGUAUGCGCGUGACGUCAAUAGUUAAACGGAAGUAUUCGGACACCAUUGAAUCCAAUACAAAAAAGCUCUGUUUUCAUCACCAAAUUCCACAGUAUUCUGGACAUCUGUGUUGGUGAAUCUUUUUGCAAUUUGUUUAAUGAACAAUGAAGACUGCAAAGAAGAAAGUUGUAGGUGGGAUCGGUGUAUUAGCGGCUGGCUGCAGCAACACAACCAGGAGGACUUUGACUUGGAUAGCAGACGCGCUAGCCGACGCUAGCCGCCGACCGCACGGAUGAUCGGGUGAAGUCCUUCGUCCUUCCGUCGAUCGCUGGAACGCAGGUGAGCACGGGUGUUGAUGAGCAGAUGAGGGCUGGCUGGCGUAGGUGGAUAGCUAAUGUUUUUAUCAUAGCUCUGUGAGGUCCCGUUGCUAAGUUAGCUUCAAUGGCGUCGUUAGCAACAGCAUUUUUAAGCUGUGAAUGUCCAUUUCGCGUUCUCGACUCUCAUUUUCAAGAGCAUAUAGUAUCCGAGGUGGUUUAAAAUGCAAAUCCGUGAUCCACAAUAGAAAAAGGAGAAAGUGUGGAAUCCAAUGAACCCUUGUACCUAAGUUACGGUCAGAGCGAAAAAAAGGUACGUCCUGCACUGCACUCUAGUCCUUUCACUCUCACGUUCCUCAUCCACGAAUCUUUCAUCCUCGCUCAAAUUAAUGGGGUAAUCGUCGCUUUCUCGGUCCGAAUCUCUCUCGCUGCUGGUGUAAACAAUGGGGAAAUGUGAGGAGCCCAUCAGCCUGUGACGUCACGCUACUUCCGGUACAGGCAAGGCUUUUUUUAUGUGCGAUCAGAAGUUGCGAACUUUAUCGUCGAUGUUCUCUACUAAAUCCUUUCAGCAAAAAUAUGGCAAUAUCGGGAAAUGAUCAAGUAUGACACAUAGAAUGGAUCUGCUAUCCCCGUUUAAAUAAAAAAUAAUAAUUUCAGUUGGCCUUUAAUUAAAUAGUUUUUUUCACCUUCUUUAUCAAAGUGAUGACACUCUCAAAUAAGGACGUGUAUCGAAUUUGGCACUUUGAUAGUUGUCGGCCGAAGUCCGUUGGUACUACCGGGUAUCGAUUCUCGUAAAAUCGAACGGUUUGUUGCACUUGACGAAGUCACGUUGGGUUGUAAAGUGCAUCGACUCAAACACUUGGCGGAGAAAUAAGCACUCAGAGCGGACUCAGCCAAACUGCUUCGAGGUAAUGUUACAAUUUUCAAUGCCUAAUAAAAGACACUGGGUCGCAAAGUGAGGCUCCGCUUUUCCAAAACGAGCUAGCCCGGUGCUAAUUCACAUAGCAAAACGCUGAUUAGCAUUAGCAAUUUUUCAUGACGAUUUCAAAAUCGUCACACUCAAAAAAAAAGCCCAGACUGUCUGAAAGAAAGAGAGAACAAUGCAUGAUCGGAGGAAGAAAUAAAGAAGGUUUUGUUCAUUGUUCUGCGUGUUUUAAUGAACAAAUGGACCGCAAACACGAACACACACACACACACAUACACACACACACACAUAGUACGUAGUAAAUCUGUCUUUAAAUCUUAAACAACCAGAAUCCAUCCUCCAGAAACAUUUAGUCAGCAACGUGUAGGAUUCUUUGGGCACUCAAAUCCAUGGAAUGGUACGGACUAGUUUGUCACGCGCAAUGGACCAAAACCAGAGGAAAUUUUCGGUAAAAAAGACACAUUUGCGAAAAGUGGAGCGUACAAAAACUGAGGUACCACUGUACUGUAAAAAGGUAAAACGGCUGCAGAUUGUCACUUUUUUUAGUUUCUGUGCAUAUUUGACCUGCAUUCAAGUAUGUCCCGAGUUUGAACUACUCAGAAUUUGAUGAAAGUUUCACAGAAAUAUAAUACAGGCCAAAAGUUUGGACACACCUUCUCAUUCAAUGCCUUUUAUGUAUUUUCAUGACCAUUGUAGAUCAUUGUAGAAAGUCCCAAGUUAAAAAUAUGUUUUUUUUAAUUGUUUUUUUUAUUAUUUAUUUAUUUUUUAAAUCUGUCCUUUCUAAUACAUUUUCAUUUUCUAAAAUCUCGGUGUCUCCGAGCCGCUCAGGCAAAUCAUAUUGUCUAAUAAUGCAUUUUCCCAUCGAUAACGUGACAUCA